UUCUUUUUAGGGUUAGGGUUUCUCCGAUCCCGAACCCUUAUCUCCUGGUUCUUGCCUGUUUAUUGUCCUCCUCCUUCUAGGUUUAGGGUUAAGAAACUUGUUAUCGGGGUAGGUUUCUUCUUCUACUCCGUUUAUUUCCUGGGGGUUUUUGUUUCGUUCCUGUUGUUGAGAUUGUUCUACGGGGUUGAGUUUGUGGUCUUUUUGCUCCGUGUAGCUGUCUGGUAAUUUAGGGUUAGGAUUUGUUCGAUAGUAUUGACGUUGGAGCGAAGAUGAUGCAACCUGCAACUGGCGUCGUUCCUCCUCCCAUGGCUCCUUCACAGAUGGAUCAACAACACCAGCAUCAACACCAACAGCAGCCACCACCGCAGCAGCAGUGGAUGAUGAUGCCCCCACAACAGGCUAUGCAGCCGCAGCCUCCACCUAUGUGGGGACAACAGCCACAGACAGUCCCGCAGCCGCAGGUACCACCUCAACAAUCACAACCCCAACCGCAGCAGCAGAUGCAACCUCAGUACGCGUCCGCGCAGCCAGCGAGCGCAGAUGAGAUCCGCACUCUUUGGAUCGGAGAUUUACAAUACUGGAUGGAAGAGAGUUACCUCCACAGUUGUUUUGCUCAUACAGGCGAGGUUGUCUCUGUGAAAGUCAUCCGCAAUAAACAAAGCGGUCAGUCCGAGGGUUAUGGUUUUAUUGAGUUUGUUUCUCAUGCUGCCGCAGAUAGGGCCUUACAGUCCUACAAUAACACACCCAUGCCUAACAUCGAGCAGAAUUUUAGACUGAACUGGGCUACUUUCAGUUCCGGGGAGAGGCGUCAAGAUGAUGGUUCAGAUUUUCCAAUAUUUGUGGGAGAUUUGGCUGCCGAUGUUACGGAUUACAUGUUACAAGAGACGUUUAGGAGUCACUACCCCUCUGUCAAGGGUGCUAAAGUUGUGACUGAUAGAGCAACCGGACGAUCGAAGGGUUAUGGAUUUGUUAGGUUUGGAGAUGAAAGCGAGCAGAUUCGUGCCAUGACUGAAAUGACUGGGAUGUUCUGUUCGACAAGGCAAAUGCGUAUUGGACCAGCAACCACGAAAAAGACUGUGGGUGGCCAGCAGCAAAGUAAACCUUCUUACCAGAGUACUAUUCAAGGAACUCAGAACGAGAAUGAUCCCAAUAACACAACUAUAUUUGUUGGUGGUUUGGAUUCCAAUGUUACAGAGGACCUUCUGAGACAAGUUUUUGCCCAAUUUGGGGAGUUAGUUCAUGUGAAAAUACCGAUGGGAAAACGUUGUGGGUUUGUUCAAUUUGCAAACAGAGCUAAUGCUGAGGAAGCAUUGCUGAUGUUGCAUGGAACUCAAUUGGGGGGACAAAAUAUUCGACUUUCAUGGGGACGGACCCCUGCAAACAAACAGGACUCUGGGGGAUGGGUUCAGCCUCAGCCAGAUCCAAACCAGUGGAAUGGUGGUGGCGGGUAUUAUGGCUAUGCUCAAGGUUAUGAAUCCUAUGGAUAUGCAGCAGCUCCACAAGAUCCUAAUAUGUAUGCUUAUGGAGCAUAUCCAGGAUAUGGAAAUUACCAGCAGCAGCAGUGAUCUGCUUUAUCGGUGGGGGGUGAGGAUACAGCUGAUGGUGAUUGUCAUCCUGAGUCUAGAGGCAUAUGUGUAUUUAAGAGGGGACGAGGAGAGCGGAAUAUUCAUUGUGUAGUGUAAUCUAGUUUGCUGCUGUUCUUCAAGCAUCUUUACAGGGUCUUAGCUUUGGUUGGAAUCCUUUUUUCGGAAGGAGCUGUAAAGUUGGCUUGCUUGAUGCUGAUUGUUUAGGCUCUUGUUUAUCUUUAUGCUAGUCAUUCUCUUCUGUGUUUUCUUGCAAACAAGUUUCCUGACAGAUUUUUUAUAGACUAGCAAUCUUAUGGUUGAGAUGAAUUCUAUCUAUUUUAUAAACUUCCAGUAUUUGCAUCAAAGAUUGAGAUGUUUGAUGUAUUCUGGUUUCCAUGUGA